CCGGGUUCCGGCCCCGAAGCGACGCGCUUCUAUCUCGGAGCGGGCAGUUGUGUUUGUUACGCUGAGCAGGAGAGAGUGACAGGGCAUGUCACUGUCCCACUUGUACCGGGACGGGGAAGGCCAAGGCCACAUGGACGAUGAGGACGAGCGGGAGAACUUUGAGAUCACCGACUGGGAUCUCCAGAAUGAAUUCAACCCCAACCGGCAGCGCCACUGGCAGACCAAGGAAGAGGCCACCUACGGAGUGUGGGCAGAGCGAGACUCGGAUGAAGAGAGGCCCAGCUUUGGGGGCAAACGGGCCCGCGACUACUCGGCGCCAGUCAACUUCAUCAGCGCGGGGCUCAAGAAGGGGGCGGCAGAAGAGCUGGAGCUGGAAGGCUCCGACGAUGAGGAGAAACCUGUUAAGCAGGAUGAAUUUCCUAAGGAUUUCGGACCAAAGAAGUUAAAAACGGGUGGCAAUUUUAAACCCAGCCAGAAAGGUUUUGCAGGAGGAACCAAGUCUUUCAUGGAUUUUGGCAGCUGGGAAAGACACACAAAAGGAAUUGGACAGAAGCUUCUUCAGAAGAUGGGCUAUGUCCCUGGAAGAGGCCUAGGGAAGAAUGCACAAGGUAUCAUCAACCCAAUCGAAGCCAAGCAGAGAAAAGGGAAGGGCGCCGUGGGGGCAUAUGGCUCGGAGCGCACCACUCAGCCCCUGCAAGACUUCCCCAUGGCUGACUCCGAAGAAGAAGCCGAGGAGGAAUUUCAGAAGGAGCUCAGCCAGUGGAGGAAAGACCCCAGUGGAAGCAAGAAGAAGCCCAAAUACUCUUACAAGACAGUGGAAGAGUUGAAAGCCAAGGGCAGGAUUAGCAAGAAGCUCACUGCUCCCCAGAAGGAGCUUUCUCAGGUCAAGGUCAUAGACAUGACGGGCCGGGAGCAGAAGGUCUACUACAGCUACAGCCAGAUCAGCCACAAGCACAGCGUCCCCGACGAUGGGCUCCCGCUGCAGUCCCAGCAGCCGCCGCAGCCCGGCAAGGAGGCCAAGGCCCCCGGCUUCGCGCUGCCGGAGCUGGAGCACAACCUGCAGCUGCUCAUCGACCUCACAGAGCAGGAGAUCAUCCAGAACGACCGGCGGCUGCAGCACGAGCGGGACACAGUGGUCACCCUGUCCCAUGAGCUGGAGAAGAUGUCGGAGGUCCUGGAGCAGGAGCAGCGGGUCAUCUCCAACCUGAGCAAAGUCCUGGAGCUCGCGGAGGAGUGCGAGCGGCGCCUGCAGCCCAGCUGCAGUGACCCCCUCACCCUGGACGAGUGCGCCCGCAUCUUCGAGACCCUGCAGGACAAGUACUACGAGGAGUACAGGAUGUCCGACCGCGUGGACCUGGCCGUGGCCAUCGUCUACCCGCUCAUGAAGGACUACUUCAAGGAGUGGGACCCCCUCAAGGACUGUACGCACGGCACCGAGAUCAUCUCCAAGUGGAAAAGCCUCUUGGAGAACGACCAGCUGUUGUCCCAUGGGGGGCAGGACCUCUCGGCAGAUGCCUUCCACAGGCUGAUAUGGGAAGUCUGGAUGCCAUUUGUUCGAAAUAUCGUCACUCACUGGCAGCCGAGGAACUGUGACCCGAUGGUGGACUUUCUGGAUAGCUGGGUGCACAUCAUUCCCGUGUGGAUCUUGGAUAACAUCCUGGACCAGCUUGUCUUCCCCAAGCUGCAGAAGGAGGUGGAAAACUGGAACCCGCUGACAGACACCGUCCCCAUCCACUCGUGGAUCCACCCGUGGCUACCUCUCAUGCAGGCACGCCUGGAGCCGCUCUACUCCCCCAUCCGCAGCAAGCUGGCCAGCGCCCUGCAGAAGUGGCACCCCAGCGACUCCUCGGCCAAGCUCAUCCUCCAGCCCUGGAAAGAUGUCUUCACCCCCGGCUCCUGGGAAGCAUUCAUGGUCAAGAACAUAGUGCCCAAACUGGGGAUGUGCCUCGGGGAGUUGGUCAUCAACCCCCACCAGCAGCACAUGGAUGCUUUUUAUUGGGUCAUCGACUGGGAAGGGAUGAUCUCUGUCUCCAGCCUGGUGGGGCUUCUUGAAAAGCACUUCUUCCCCAAGUGGCUUCAGGUGCUGUGCUCCUGGCUCAGUAACAGCCCAAAUUACGAGGAGAUCACCAAGUGGUACCUGGGUUGGAAGUCCAUGUUCUCAGACCAAGUGCUGGCGCACCCAUCUGUCAAGGACAAAUUUAACGAGGCACUUGAUAUCAUGAACAGGGCGGUGUCCUCCAAUGUCGGUGCCUACAUGCAGCCCGGAGCACGGGAGAACAUCGCCUACCUCACCCACACGGAGCGGCGGAAGGACUUCCAGUACGAGGCCAUGCAGGAGCGACGCGAGGCUGAGAACAUGGCCCAGAGAGGCAUCGGCGUGGCUGCCAGCUCCGUGCCCAUGAACUUUAAAGACCUCAUUGAGACCAAGGCCGAGGAGCACAACAUCGUCUUCAUGCCCGUCAUCGGGAAGCGACACGAAGGGAAGCAGCUGUACACCUUCGGCCGCAUCGUCAUCUACAUCGAUCGGGGCGUGGUGUUCGUGCAGGGGGAGAAGACCUGGGUGCCCACCUCCCUGCAGAGCCUGAUUGACAUGGCCAAGUAGACCGCGGCACCUGCCACGGACGGAUUUGUGAAUAGACACACAGCAUUUUA